AUGAGAUGGUUCAAUGGUUUGAGAGCCAAUUCUAUUGAGUCCUUCAAAAAGCUUACCCGGGCUUUUGGCGCUCGCUUUAUUACAUGUAGCAGGGUUCCUCAGUCUUUAGGAUCCUUGCUGUCUAUGUCCAUACGAGAGGGCGAGACUCUAAAAACUUAUUCAGACAGGUACAGGGAAAUGUUUAAUGAAAUAGAAGGAGAACAUGAUGAUGUGGCCAUAAGUACUUUCAAACCUGGCCUCCUAGCCGAUUAUGAUUUAAGGAAAUCCCUAACUAGUAAACCUGUUACCAGCGUACACCAAUUGAUAGAUAGGAUUGAUAAAUACAGAAGAGUAGAAGAGGACCAACUUCAAGGAAAAGGAAAGACUAGGGUAAUCCCUCAGGAGAGGAAGGAUUUCAGGUCGGACCGUUACAACAGUAAUCGACCUCGGAAAGACUUCGUCGGGCAAUCAGGUUCUGUGGACACCCAGGUGGUUAAUGCAGUGUUUCGGGAGCCGAUGUAG